CACAGGUGGGCUGUGGGGAGAGGCCGCGGAGCAGCGGGGAAAGCUGGGUGAGGUCGGGGAUGCGACAUUAAACCCGGAGUGCCACUGGCGAGGAACGGGCGUGUUCGGCUGCUGUCUUCAGUCUCUGGUGUCGUACUAUGUUUACCCAAAAAGGAGAGACUGAGACCCUGUUAUUUUAAUCUUUGACUUCUUAUUGGAUUAUAAGUGUCACAACAAGCUGAAAACUGCGGGAAGAGCACUGGGGAACUGGGCAUGAUUGGAUCCUGAACGGAAGGAGCUGGCACUGAGGAAAGGAGGAAGGGGAGGAAUGGCAUCCCGGGAGAGGCUGUACGAGCUGUGGAUGCUUUACUGCAGCAAGAAAGAUCCAGAUUACCUGAAGCUUUGGUUGGAUAGUUUUGUUUCUAGCUAUGAACAGUUUUUGGAUGUGGACUUUGAGAAGCUGCCAACUAGGGUGGAUGACAUCCCUCCAGGAAUAUCACUGCUUCCUGACAAUAUUCUUCAGGUCCUGAGGCUCCAGCUGCUGCAGUGUGUCCAGAAGAUGUCAGAUGGAUUAGAAGAGCAGCAGCAGGCUUUGUCACUUUUGCUUGUGAAGUUCUUUAUCAUCCUUUGCAGGAAUUUGGCUAAUGUGGAAGAGAUUGGGAUGUGUUCAUACAUUAAUCACGUUAUCACCAUGACUACGUUAUACAUUCAACAGUUAAAAAGCAAAACAAAAGAGAAAGAAAUGGCAGAUCAGACACCAAUAGAAGAAUUUGUGAGACAUGCACUGGCUUUUUGUGAAAGUCUCUAUGAUCCAUAUCGCAACUGGAGGCAGAGAAUUGCAGGACGUAUCCUUAGUACAGUUGAAAAGAGCAGACAGAAGUAUAAACCGGCUUCCCUCACUGUUGAGUUUGUCCCUUUCUUUUAUCAAUGUUUCCAAGAAAGUGAACAUCUCAAGGAAAGCCUGAAAUGUUGCCUGUUACAUCUCUUUGGAGCUAUUGUGGUUGGUGGUCAGAGGAACGCUCUGCAAGCAGUAUCUCCUGCUACCAUGGAAGUCUUGAUGCGUAUUUUAGCAGACUGUGAUAACUGGGAUGAUGGGAGCCCUGAGGAAGUGAGCAGAAAGGCAGAGCUUACUCUGAAGUGCCUCACAGAAGUUGUCCACAUUCUCCUUAACAGCAGUUCUGACCAGCGUCAGGUGGAGACCAGUACAAUACUGGAGAACUAUUUCAAGUUGCUUAAUUCAGACCAUUCAGCUUUACCUAAACCAAGGCGAUGUAGGCAGUGGGAGAGCAGGUUCAUAGCACUACAGAUCCAAAUGUUGAAUACAAUCACAGCCAUGUUAGACUGCACAGACAGGCCUGUUCUACAGGCAAUUUUCCUUAACAGUAACUGCUUUGAGCAUCUCAUUCGACUGUUGCAGAACUGCAAGCUGUUUUUAAAUGCUAACAAUAAAGUGGCAGACAAGAGUGAAAAAGACCUUGCCAACAAAUUACUGACAGAAAUGAAUGAGGACCAGGUACUUCAGGGACGUCUAGACUGCUUGGCAGUAUCAACCAUUCAGGCUCUCACAGCAGUAAUGCACAAGUCUCCAGCUGCUAAGGAGGUCUUCAAGGAGAGAAUCGGUUAUGCACAUAUCUACGAGGUACUUAAGUCACUGGGUCAGCCCUCACGGGAACUGCUGGAAGAACUCAUGAAUAUGGCUGUUGAAGGUGACCACAUGGCUGUUGGGAUAUUAGGCAUUAGUAAUGUCCAGCCAUUAUUGCUGCUUAUCCAAUGGCUUCCAGAGCUUGAGUCACAUGACCUGCAGAUUUUCAUUUCAAAUUGGUUGAGGCGGAUCUGCUGUAUUAACAGGCAGAGUCGUGCCACGUGUGUCAAUGCAGACAUGGUCAUCCGUAUCAUCGAGACACUGAAUCACCACUCUGCACUCCAUUGCACUUGUGCAGAGAACCUGAUUGCCCUUCUGGGCUCUUUAGGGAGCCACUCAAUGGGGUCAGAAGAACUGCUUCAACUAAUACGGCUCCUUAGAACCGAGGAGCCAAAACAGGCUCACCCUUAUGUUAUUCCAGUGAUGCGAGCCAUUCUGGCAAUGGCUCGGAAACAAGGCAUGGCUAGUGCCUUGCAGUAUUUCAACUUGUGUCACAGCAUGGCGGGAAUUGCUGUUCCAUCAAUUCAGAGGUGGCCAGGCUCUGCAUUUUCUUUCAGUGCUUGGCUCUGCCUUGAUCAAGACCAGGUGGACCCUAGCACAGCUAGCAAAACUGGCAAGCGGAAGCAACUGUAUAGCUUUUUUACAGGAAGCGGUAUGGGUUUUGAAGCCUUUAUCACAUGCUCUGGAGUAUUGGUGGUAGCAGUUUGCACAAAGAGGGAAUAUGCGACAGUGAUGCUGCCUGACCACUGUUUUUUUGACUCACUCUGGCACAACAUAACUAUUGUUCACAUGCCUGGAAAGAGACCCUUUGGUCAGAGCAUUGUGUACGUCUACGUCAAUGGACAGCAGAAGAUCUCUGCCCCACUUCGAUUCCCUGCCAUGAAUGAACCUUUUACUUCUUGCUGCAUUGGUUCAGCUGGUCAAAGAACAACAACUCCUCCUCCAUCUCAGAUACCAGAUCCACCUUUUUCUUCCCCUGUCAUGCCUCACCGUACAUCACUUGGGGGCAUUCUCUCUCCAGGAAGCUGGGGUGGGAUGCUUGCAAAACCAGAACUCAUCACCAAGAUGAUCUCAGCAGGGACUCAGGAUAGUGAAUGGGGAUGUCCAACAUCGUUGGAGGGCCAGCUUGGUUCAGUUAUCAUUUUUCAUGAAGCACUGCAACCCCCUCAGGUGAAAGCAUUGUAUUUGGCAGGUCCAAACUGUUUAACUCCAUGGAAAUCUCAAGAGCCUGAAGUAGCAGAUCUCCCCAGUAAGGUGUUGCUGCAUUACACACCAAAGGCCUGCAGAAAUCCAAUUUGUCUUGACCUGUCGGCAAAUCUCUUGCAUGGAAGACUAACUGGAAACAAAGUAGUGAACUGGGACAUCAAGGAUAUGAUCAACUGCAUUGGUGGAAUAAAUGUGCUGUUUCCGUUGCUGGAGCAGAUCAGUUUUCUUGGUAGACAGAUGCCUGAGAAGUCUGUAGGGGAAACUCUACCUCCUGAAGUAGUUACUCCUGUAGAGGGAGACUGGGUGGUAUUGUCAUCCACAAAGGCAUCAGAGGCACGCCUGGAGAAGAACAUUGUUGCAACUUUCAUCUUGAUGAUUAAACACUUCAUUCAGAGACACCAUGUUAAUCAAGAAAAUCUCAUUCACUCCCAUGGAGUUGCCACCCUAGGAACCUUGUUACAGAAGGUGCCAAGCGUCCUAAUGGAUGUGAAUGUACUGAUGGCUGUACAGCUGUUGAUAGAGCAAGUCUCAGUUGAGAAGAACUUGCAACUUCUGCAACAGAUGUAUCAACACUUACUUUUUGACUUCAGCAUCUGGAACAGUGGGGACUUCCCUUUCAGAAUUGGGCAUAUACAGUAUCUUUCUACGAUCAUCAAAGACAGCAGAAGGCUCUUCAGAAAGAAGUAUGGUGUACAGUUUCUUCUAGACACGCUGAGAGUUUAUUAUGGGAGUGGCAGCAAAGACAGUGAUUUAACUCCUGAUGACCUGAGAACUAUACAGACAUCCCUUUAUGGACUGAUCAAAUACUUUCUAAGCAAAGGUGGAACACAUGAAGAAAUACAGAGCAUUGUAGGAUACAUAGCUGCUACCAGUGAAGAAGAACAGCUCUGUGGCAUCCUGGAUGUUCUGUUCAGCCUUCUUCAUUCCAGCUCAGCCCCAGAUCAACUUUUUUUAUUGCUUUUUGAACCAGGAAAUGCUGAUAUUCUUUAUGCUUUGUUAUUGCACCAGAGGUACUCUGACAGGCUUAGAGAACUUGUGUUCAAGAUUAUGGAAGAGAUGCUGAAAUGUACUAAAGUUUAUGAACGUAGUAAGCACCGUAUGAGACUCAGAGAAGUGGGGUACUCUGGACUUGGACUCCUCCUGAAUGAAUCCUCAGUUACUAUUUCUCUCAUAAAAAACCUUCUUAACCAAGUUCUCCAUGCAGAUCCUGCUGUGAAUUAUAAAGAUCUUUUAGCUGUAGUGCAUCUGGCUCAUAGAUCAGAUAUAAACAUGAGAGUGGUUAUCUGUAGAAAGGUUUUGCAUCUUUUGCAUUCCCAACUGGAUGCAGCACAACAGAUUUCUCAGCAGCUGGGCUGGCAGGACACUUUGAUCAGACUCUUCCUGAAAGAAAAUUCUGAGGUCCGGAUUGGCUUUAGAGAAAACAGGGCUGACUCCUCAAGGGAAGAGGAGAAAAAUCCUCCUGCUGAAGAACUUCAGAAAUAUCAUGCUGAUAAGAUGGAGGGAGAUAAAGUUGAUACCUUUGCAUCUAUAAAUGGAUUGUUUGAUCAGUGGAGUUUAGAAGACAAUAAAUCCUUGGAUGUCCCAGCUCAUUUCUCUGCUAUGCCACUGGAAGAUGCAUCCACAGCAGAGAUGUCUUUCAAGUCAGAGGACCGAGAAGAUUUGUGGCGCAGUAAUCCUUCACAUCUGAGUCUAGAUCUAUCCAGCGUUGACUCUUAUGAACUAGCUGACGUUGUGAAUCAGAUGACAGAUAGCCUGCCCAGCACACCAUCACCUAUAGAGAACAGAAAACCAUUUUCUGGGCAGCCUGAAAAGGAGCUAGAUGUCAUAAGCGAUGUGGGCUUCAGUGCUGCUGAUCUAUCUUCAUUUGAAAAUCAAGGAGGGGGUGAUAAUGAACUGAUACAGUUACUUACAGACAUCCUGCUGUGCAUAAUGUGGAAAGGCAUUGAAAGAUCUGAUGAUGAGGCUUGGGUAGAGAGAGGACAGGUGUUUUCUGCACUGACUAAACUGGGAAUAUCUAAUGAGUUGCUGCGACCUUCUGAUGAAAUAAAACUCAACUUAUUGGAGAAGAUGUUAGAAUGGUCAGUCACUGAUAACAGAGAUUCUAAAGCUCUCCCUACACACUCUGAAAAUGCUUUCCGGCUCUUACUAAUUGUACAAGAUUUCCUGCAGGCAGAAGGACUUGUUAACUCAAAUUUAUGGACAGAAAAGCUAUUGGAGGAAUUAGUGAUUCUUAUGGAUAGCCUGUCAGUCUGGUACUCUGCUGGCCCAGAAGCAGCCUGGUUUUCACAGGUGCAAGUCCAGUUGCUCCUUGGAUUCAUUGCACAAGACAACUUACAGGUCUGUGCUAUGGCAGCAGCAAAACUGAACACCCUUCUUCAAACCAAAGUAAUAGAGAGUCAACCUGAAGCAUGCUACCUGUUGGGGAAGUUAGAAGGCAUCUUAAGUAGAUCAAUAGAAGAGAAGACAGAAACGUACUCAUUUUUGAUUCCGCUCGUUCGGACGCUGGUAUCCAAAAUUUAUGAACUUCUCUUCAUGAAUCUGCAUCUCCCUUCAUUGCCUUCUACCAAUGGCAGCCCCUCUUUCUUCGAGGACUUCCAAGAAUAUUGCCGAUCUGAUGAAUGGAAGGUUUAUAUUGAUAAAUAUAUUAUUCCAAAUAUGAAGCAGUAUGAAGAAAACUCCUUCAGACAUGGUCAUGAGCAGAUGGCAGUUUAUUGGAAGGAUUGUUAUGAGGCAUUUAUGGUGAAUAUGCACAAGCGAGAUCGGGAGAGAGGAGAAAGCAAGCUGAAAUUUCAGGAGCAUUUUGUGGAACCGUUCAGCAGAAAGGCUCGACAGGAAAACCUGCGGUAUAACAGUAUGCUAAAGCAACUUCAUAGUCAACACACAGCUACUCUGAGACAGUGGAGAGCAGCCCAACUUUAUUUACUCUCUGAACGUGGUCCUUGGUCUGAAAUGAAACAGCAUCCUGUUCACUGGAAACUUUCAAAUGUUGAAAAUUUUUCACGUAUGAGACUAAAACUGGUGCAGAAUUACAACUUCAACUCUCAUCAGGAUGCUAGUGACCUGAGAGAUAAUUUAGGUGUGUACCAGACACAACCCUCUAGUGAGUCUCUGCUUCUGGAGGUGGUGAAGCAGGUGAAAGUGAGUGACUUGGAAGAUGAUGUGCUUGAACUGCCAGAAGAAGACACAGCAGCCAGUUCCAAUAUGGAUGAGAAGGAUGAACAGAGUCAGAAAGAAAAGCUAAUAUUGUCUGAAAACUGUGAACUGAUUACUAUAAUUGAUGUGAUACCUGGCAGACUGGAGGUCACUACCCAGCACCUAUAUUUCUUUGAUGGUAGCAUCGAAAAAGAGGAGGGGGUUGGUUUUGAUUUCAAAUGGCACAUUUCUCAAAUUCGAGAGAUACAUCUGCGUCGGUACAACCUGAGGAGGUCAGCUUUGGAGAUCUUCCUUACAGAUCAAACCAACUACUUCCUCAACUUCAAUAAGGAGGUAAGAAACAAAGUAUACAGUCGAAUAUUGUCACUGCGUUCUCCAAAUAUUUCUGGGACCCGAUCUCCUCAGGAGCUCUUUAAAGCUUCAGGUUUGAUGCAGAAAUGGGUGAAUAGAGAAAUAUCCAACUUUGACUACCUUAUUCAGCUGAACACAAUGGCAGGACGAACUUACAAUGAUCUUGCUCAAUAUCCUGUGUUCCCCUGGAUUUUACGAGAUUAUACAUCUGAAGAACUGGAUCUGAAUAAUCCAGCAGUCUUUAGGGAUCUAUCCAAACCCAUUGGAGUGGUAAAUGAGAAGAAUGCUAAGGCUGUGAAAGAGAAAUAUGAUAAUUUUGAGGAUCCCCUUGGAGUGAUUGACAAAUUUCACUAUGGGACACACUACUCAAAUGCUGCUGGUGUCAUGCAUUACCUCAUUCGGGUAGAACCUUUCACAACUCUUCAUAUCCAACUUCAAAGUGGCAGGUUUGAUUGUGCUGAUCGACAGUUCCAUUCUAUUCCUGCUACCUGGCAAGCACUCAUGGAUAAUCCCAAUGAUGUCAAGGAACUUAUUCCAGAGUUUUUCUACUUCCCAGAAUUCCUAGAGAACCAAAAUGGCUUUAACUUGGGUCAGCUUCAAAUGUCCAAAGAAGCAGUAAAUGAUGUUGUUCUCCCCAAGUGGGCCCAUUCCCCAGAAGACUUCAUUUAUAAACAUAGAAAGGCUCUGGAAUCAGAGUAUGUUUCUGCUCAUCUUCAUGAAUGGAUCGAUUUGAUUUUUGGCUACAAGCAGAGGGGACCAGCUGCAGUGGAGGCACUCAAUGUGUUCUAUUAUUGUACUUAUGAAGGAGCAGUGGAUUUGGAUGCUUUAACAGAUGAGAAGGAAAGGAAAGCUUUAGAAGGGAUGAUAAACAAUUUUGGACAAACUCCCUGCCAGCUGUUGAAGGAGCCCCAUCCUCAGAGGUUGUCAGCAGAAGAGGUAGUGCAAAGACUAACUAGAAGUGAUACCUCUACUCUGAAUCUCUUCCAACACCUCACUGAACUGAAGUCAUUCUUCAUAGAGGGAAUCAGUGAUGGUGUCCCCAUUGUCAAAGCUGUUGUCCCCAAGAAUCAGUCACGUUCCUUUAUGUCUCAGGGAAGCCCAGAGAUAUUGGUAACAGCAAGUCUGAAUUGUAUUAUUGGAACCCAUGGUUGGCUGCCUUAUGAUAAAAACAUCUCCAACUAUUUUACAUUCAUCAAAGAUACUACAGUGACAAAUCCCAAAACACAGCGUAACAUGAGUGGUCCUUUUGCACCAGGACUGGAGAUCACUUCCAAGUUGUUUGCAGUAUCUCAUGAUGCAAAACUCCUCUUUAGUGGAGGACACUGGGACAAUAGCAUCAGAGUAACAUCUCUUACAAAAGGCAAGCUGGUUGGACAGCACAUCAGGCACAUGGAUAUUGUGACCUGCUUGGCAAUAGAUUACUGUGGAAUUCAUUUAAUUUCUGGAUCCAGAGAUACAACCUGCAUGAUAUGGCAAAUAGUUCAGCAGGGAGGAGUGCCUGUAGGCCUGACACCUAAGCCAUUACAGAUCCUUUACGGGCAUACUGAUGAAGUUACAAGUGUUGGCAUCAGCACUGAGCUGGACAUGGCAGUGUCAGGAUCCAGGGAUGGGACUGUUAUUAUCUGCACCAUUCGGAAAGGUCAGUACAUGAGAACUUUGCGACCACCUUGUGAGAGUUCCCUCCUGCUGACUGUUCCUAAUCUGGCUGUGUCCUGGGAAGGCCAUAUCGUUGUCCACACCAGCAUAGAAGGAAAGACCACUCUUAAGGAUAAGAAUGCAUUACACCUCUAUUCUGUUAAUGGAAAGCAUCUGGGUUCUGAGACUCUGAAGGAAGAAGUGUCAGAUAUGUGUGUGACUGGCGAGUAUAUUGUGAUGGGCAGCUUACAGGGAUUUCUUUCCAUACGAGAUCUCUACAGCUUGAAUCUGAGCAUCUCUCCAUUAGCCAUGCGACUGCCAAUUCAUUGCAUUUCUGUCACCAAAGAGUAUAGCCACAUCCUUGUUGGCUUGGAGGAUGGCAAGUUGAUUAUCGUUGGUGUUGGCAAGCCAGCAGAGGUAAAGCCCACCAUCAAGAACUUUUUCUACCGAACAGUGGGAAGUUCACUUAUUUCUGCUUUCCAGUUGAGCAAGAGGUCUCCUCUAUGGCAGGAUGCGCUCAGGUCAGCUUUCCCGAAAGCUCUGGGGAUCAAGCAAACGGCUCAGCCAGAUUUCAUCAGGAGAGACUGAAUAUAACACUCAAGAUUCCAAGUGAUUGCUGCUUCUACCUUCUCUCAUGGAUUCCAGAAAUAUAUUUUAUAUUUUGGUCACUUUAAACGUACAUCUGUUUUCAGGGGCUUCACUCUCUGUCUGUUGAAGAUGAACCUAUGGUAGAGGUAUAGUAAAAAGCAUAUGUACUCAUGCAAGUUAGCUUGCUUGCGUAUUUUUCCUUAACCACAUUGAUUUGGUUACAACAGAAUCUCUCUCUAAAUAGCUGCUAAAACAGGGUUUCAGGGAAAAAAAAAACAAAAAACAAAAAGCAGCCAAAUAAAAGGAAAUGGACACAAAAACCAAAAACACCAGACCUCCAAACCCAAGCCUUGCUAAUUGAACCAAAAAUAAGUAGUAUUUGAUUUAAAACUGGCUCUAUUAGCCAGAUGCUCCUUGACCUCAAGAAAGAUACUUGGCAGUGCUUUGAGAGCACUAAUUUUCCAACAGUGAAUUAACUCUGUUACAGCGGUACUAUUCAAAACUGCUAUAGUUGACAAUUAUCUUUUCACUAUGUCUUUAGACCAAUGAAUAACUUCUUGUGAUUUGUUCCUGUAAAUGGCCAUUGCUGUCAUCUUUUGUGUAGUUUCAGUUUUAGGCUGUCUGCAAGAGCAUCUGUGUUGUAAUACUUGAUUAUCAAAAAUUCUUAAAAGUACAGACAUGAGUAACUUCAAAGGAUUUGAAGGUGGUGGAUGAGCUGAAGGAGGUAGGAAAACUUGCUGCUAAAGAUUAUUUAUAUUUUUAAGUAGAAUAAAACAGGAAGGAAUCCCAUAAUAUAGUUAAUAUCUUGAAGAAAUACGGAGGAGGAAUUGCAUAUCCAUGUCAGUUCAAGGUCAAUCUUUAUUAGUAAGGCAACUCCUGCAAAGGAAAAACAAAUUCUAUUGCAAAAUCAUUUUAACAUUACAGCACAGAUUAAAUAGCACCUGUUUUUUUUCUUGGCUUAGUAUUCACCAAAGCACUUGCUAGCUGUACUUUUUUUCUGUUAAACAAGCAGGAGAAUAGUGAAUCUGUUUUCAAGAUGUGUUUAAUAGUGGUGAGAAGAAAAUAUCAGAUCUGUACAUGCUCAUUACACAACAAAACAGUUUUUAAUUAGAUGCUGUAUUUUCGAAAAGCCAUUAUUGAAUGUUUUCUUAAGCAAUAUAUGAUAGAGGAGUGUUUUCCUAUCAUUCUGGCCUUUUUAAUAAUAUCAAUGAUAUAAAUUAUAAUCCCCAUCCUGUUAAAAGCCUGGUGCUGAGGGAAAAAUAAGAUUUUUUGACUGGCAUGAGAAAGUAUGUGUGUAUAUGUGUCUGUGUGUAUAUAUGUAUAUACAUGUAUGUAUGUCUAUUAAAAAGAGAAUAUCAUUCCUCUUGCAUCUUUCUGAUGCAAGUAGAGUACAGAUAAAAAGCAGAGUUAGAAGUGGUUGUUUGAUAAUAUGUUCCCUUUUGGCUACCAUUCUCUUCCCUCUGCCAUCACCUUUUUGUUAUUUCUAUUUAUUUAUGGAAAUGAAUGUGCGAUGUACCUCCUAUAGAGAUUAUCAGAUAUAUAUUCCCUGUGACUGGGGACCUGAUGAACUACCUGAGGAACUCCAUUGUGUAUAAUCUCAUUUCAUUAACUUUUGGCACAGUAUUUAUUAUCUUUAUUUCUACAUGGUUAAUCCCUGUUCUGGGGAAUAAUGUUAUUUUUUCUUAACUUUAGAGGAAAUAAAUCAGACUAGUGAGAAAAAAUGGGUCUAUCCAUAGUUGCAAUAUUCUAAUUAAUCACUGUGACAGACUGGAUUGUCUAGAAGGUUGAGAAAAAAUAAGAGUAAUUUCUGAGUCACCUGUCAAGAGAGCAUUAAAUUUCUGAAAGUGAAGUGGUUCAUUUUUUUUCAGACUCCAUACUUUCAAAGUGAGAACUGCUUUUGUCAAUUGCCUAUCCAGGAGGAAGAAUAAGGUGAUUCUGGAAGUAUAAAGUAUGCACAUCAGAAUGUGAAGUAAGCUUGUCCGUAAUGAUUUCAUGAAGAAGGGAUUUCAGGGGAAAUCUUUGGAGAGUAGUUUUGGGAAGUUGCAAAAGAACUCACUUGGGGCAUUACAUUGGUUUUUAUAAGUAUGCAGAUAUGUUCUAUUUAAAUGCAUAUAUGAAGUUAAGGGUAUGAAUGCAGAGGAAGGGAGAGGCAAUAACAUUUCAAGUUAGCAGAAUCAAGUAGAGAAAAAGCAAAAAUGGUUCUUUUAUAUAGUGUUUGUGAAGAAAAUCCUUAUCACUUGCUCAGAGGUUCACAAAUGCUUAAAAAAUGUCUUAUUGUGUUUAGGUUAUGUUUAUACAAGAGAAUAAUUUUAAUAAUUUAAUAUUCAAGAACAGUGAAUGCAGUGUGUUAGCUUACGUAACGUGUAAUGUAGUUGCAGCAAUUGGGGAUGGGAGGACUUCUGGAGAGGAGCUUUGACAUUUGAAUACCAUCGUUUCAGGUCAUUGUGAGUAUUAGGUGAUCAUCAGUAUAUCUGAGCCAGGUUGAAAUGUGGACAGUUUUGGAGCAGAUUUGAUAACAGCUUGUGCUCUGCACAAAACAGCAGAAUGAGAAAAGGUGAGCUCUGAGCUACUUCAUCUUCUAUGCAGAAUAGCAACGUAUGUUACCUUUUCAUCUUGUACACCCCUCAUCCUGAAGGAUUGUGUACACCACCACACAGUCAAUAUUCUUGUGAGACCUGCUGGAAAGUCCCCAGGGGUUCUAAGGUCUGCACUUUGCCUUUAUCUGAAACCAGCUUUAAAUAAAGAUAUAGGUAGUAGUAAGUUUGAGCAGUAGGUGGCAUUUUGCUUAAUUUCUUUGUAUGUCUUUCAAGUAGAAAAUCUUUUUAUUUCUGUCAGCUGUUCAGGCUAAUUGAAUUGCAGUCUAUUAUUGCAGUACAGAGUAUAUGACUGAAUUAUUGAUCUUCCUUUUACUUUCCUCAAGCCAAAUAGAGCAUAUUGUUCUUCAUGUUGAGUGAGACAUUUGUGAAAUUAGAUUUAAGUGUAAAAAAAUUAAAGCUGUGAGACAAAAAGUAUUCUGAUUAGGAAUUGAGAAUAAACAGUGCACAGUUAUUUUGUAACACUACAUUUGUCUAGAUCUUCUUGUUGCUACUUCCUUUCAUUUCUUUUUUGGAACAUCCUUAAUGAUGUUUAUCAAAGCUAGAGAUACGCUUACCUCUGAAGCCAAGUAAGGAAGUGUGUAAAUAUAUAUUAAAAAAAAAAAAAACUGAAAACUUGCUUUUGCUAUUUGUAUAUAAAUUAGAUUGAGAAGUUAGCAGUAUUGAAUAAAUUCUUCCUAGCAUUUGAAAUUGCAUACCAAAAGAUGAUAUUUAAAAGACAUUUCUCCUUUACUUCAAGUAAAACAUUUGUUAGAUUUCUCAGUUGGCUUGUAAUUCUUGAUACUAUUUCUAGUAUUUUACCUAUAGUGAAGAAUCUUGUCUAGCCUUGGCAGUUUUUAUACUAUACCAGCAUUCAGAAAGUGAAAUGUUUGCAGUUCAAGUUAGCAUCAGACUUAGAUGAAUUAUACCACAUCAAUAUACUUAUCUACUACUCCGUCAUAGAGUCAUAGACUAUCAUGAAACUGUAUCUUCUGUCAUCCGUGUACCUUACCAACACCAGCACAAAAUGAUAAUCUCAGUCUUAAAUUAACUGCAUUUUUCUUGCAUAUAAAUAUAUAGCCUAAUACCCUAAGGCCUGAUCUAAUAAAUAUUGCUAGAUAAAAACACUGUGUAGGGUCACAUUUAAUUUGGUGGGAAUUUAAGCAUGUACUUCGGUGCUUUUGCAAAUGGGCUCUUUAUGCCUUUUGGUUUAAAACCUAUGUAGUAUUCAGUGAUAAAUGUGACACUGUUAGUAAUCAGUUGCCUAUGAAGUUCCUGCUAAGGAGUGACUUAAGCUGUGCAAACGUAUACACUCUAGUUACUAGCAUAUAUUACCAAAAUCUCCAGAAAGUAUUACAGAUGGUUGAAGACAGUUCUUAAAUGAGAUAUACCACAAAGUGCUACACUUCUGCAGACUUUCUGUUUUCAUUCACUGAACUUGAUCAUUGUUUCAUUGUUUUUGUGAAUGGUCAGAUUUGGUGCUGUAAUAGGUAACAGCACAGCAACUGCAAUGAAGCUAAUGAAGAGACUUUAAUACAACAGAUUGUAUUAACUUGCUUUGCUUUAAAAUUGUGCGUGUUUGUUUGGCUAAGUCUAAGCAGAUGCAGGCAGUGAUACAAGAGGUACAUCUUCCUUUUGGGGAGAGAAAAAUUUUGUGCAAUCUCAUGUAUGUAGGUUUGUUAUAUACCAAUGCCAGACUUAACCAAAGUGUUUGGAAGAUGCCUUUCUUUCCAUCCUAGGGAACAAAUUUCUUGUUAUUAAUAAUAGCUCUUGUUAAUGCAUACUUGUAAAACAAAGCCAGCUUCUACAGUUAACAAUCAGUAGAACACCAUUUCCUCCUUCAGUACUAUAGUUAUCAGAAUGCAGAAAGGCCUCUGAGUGGCAGCAUAGCAUCAUUCACAGUUUACUUUUCAGUCAGCUGUAUUAUUCAUUUUACUGAAGUCUUGAACACUCUACAGGUGUGCUUGUACUGUUUAAUCAAAGACAGUCUCAGUUUUUGUCUCAAAGACAGUCCAGUUUUUGCUCACCUUUUUGUUGUGCAUCACUGGAAGAAUACUGAUGUUUUUAGUUACUGUUUACCAAAAUGACUCAAACAGAUAGAGUUCCUCCAGUUGUGUGUGCUUUCUAUUUUCGUUUGAUGGAAUUGGGUAACUUGGAAAGUAAUUCCAGACCUUCCAGGUCUGUGACUAGGCUCUGUGCAGAGACUGUUGUAACUAAUUUCUGGUCCUGAAAGCAUGAUUGUCAGUGCAGAUUAUGGUUUAAUGCUGCUAAGAUGUCUUAAGAUGGAAAGACAAAACAUCUAGCCAUGCGCACCACGAAUCUAAAUGAAGUUAGAAACCAUUUAUUGAUUUAAUUUCCUAUCUAGUCAGCAUUUUCUCAUGAGAGAGACUUUUUUUUUGCUUUGCAGUAACUGUUUAUUUUAAACUUAAAUCUGUACCUCGUAAUACUGCUUUAGUUGUAUGCAGCUGUCAUCUAUUAAAGAAAGCCAUGAGGAGGAAAAAAAAAAACCCAAAACAACAACAAAACAAGGAAAAUUUGCUACAUGUGUACUGAUCCAACCUUUAGCUAUGCAGGAGCAUCUUAAUGUAAGAUGAGGCAAACGCUGCUUUUAGACUUUCCUCUCACUGGUCAGUCUUCUGUUGGAAGUUUUGCUGCUACUCAAAGUUUCAUUGAUGAAAUUCAGUAAGAAAUUACUUGAUAUGCUUCAGCAUUUGUUUAAAUUUAUGAAGCUAACAAGGCAGUGCAAAGGCCUUAUUUAGAGCAACAGUUAAUAAUGUCUUCUGACUCUUACACAUUGUGCAAUUGUGGUUACAAAUGAAUUUUUAAAUGCCAAAAAAUGCCUUUUCUUAAAAAAAAAAAAAAAAAAAAAAAAGAGUUAACUGUUAGGUCUGAGGAGUAUUAAGUAUGUACUUUUGAAAAUGAGCCUUCAGGCACUGUAACAAACUUGCUGUUAGUCUUCUGUGCAAUAUCUCUUUCCCUCCUGGGUGCUUUAAGUGUAUACUGUAUGUCUUAUUUUGGUUUGAUCAAUAUGUUUUGAGAGUGUGUAUAUUAGCUAAUGAUGGAAUUUUUUUUCUGUACAGCAUGGUGGAAGAUGUUUUAAAAUUUUGCACUUUUCUAGGAUUUGUGAGUUUGUAACCUAACAAUUUUUAACAUGCACAAUUUUGUACAUAAUUAGCACUGUAUAUAUUUAGAAUGAGUAUGAUGCCAAUAAAAAUAACUGAAUGCAAAA